GGGUGAAUCCGCGAACGACGAGAAGAACCACAACAAACAGCGGCGAGAGGAAAAUCUGCGGCCAAAUAAGCAGGUGAUUUUUUGCCUCUAAGAUCGCUCCGAGGAAGGAAAGAAGUGACACCCAAAAAGGAGAAUGAUGUCUUCUGUGACAAGAAGUAUUCCAGGAUUAUGGAAACGAGUCAAAAUAGGCAGGACAGCUGCUAGAACUUGCUUGUGGGAGCAGAAGAAUGUGAGGUGUUGUCACUCAACACAUGUGAAGCAACUUCCUAGGUCAUGCACAAAAGUUUUCAGAAGUAAUAUGCUUCUUCAGCCUCUGAGUUGGUCCUCUCCAUCACACAGAAAAUUAUGGGGCUGGCUCAAUACAAUUUUUAACAGAGUUGACAAAAGCCGCAUCAAGGAAGUGGGUCCUGAUAGAGCCUGUGCUGAGUGGCUUUUGAGAUGUGGAGCCUUGGUCAAAUGGCGGAACAUGGAGUCCUGGACUAAAGAUUACAACAGCCUGCCUAUUUCAGGUGGAAGACUGCUCAAAGUUGAGGAGAUAGAUGCCACAGAUUCAGCAAUCAUGCACAUUGGAUUUCCUCAUUUUAAAGGUUGCAAACAUAUUCGGCGCAUCGUGUUUCACAAAGCCUCAUACCUUGAUGAUGCAGGUCUAGAGCAGUUACCCUUAUUGAAAGAUUCUCUUGAAGAACUACAGAUCUCCUCCUGUGGCAAUGUAACAGAAGAUGGUCUACGACACCUCAAGCAGUUAAACAGCACUGGAGAAUCUUUUCCAAAGAGCCCAGACAGGGGUGAAAUGCUCAUGCAGCUCAGCACUAAUGCUGUUGCAGGAGUCAAUUUUUUGAACAACAAAAGAUGCAGUUGA